ACUGUGUCUCGUGGUUCCGUGUCUAUUGGUAUAUACAUAUAACCUGAUGUUAUAUGUGCAUGUACAUAGUAUACAAUUACUGUUUAUUCUAAAACAUAACCUAUAACCAUCCAGGUGAAUAUCGACAAAAAUGAAUGUACCAACUAGAAGAAUUUUUAUGAAAGUAGGAAAACCAUAUAAUAUUAUCAUUGUUCGAUCUCUGAGCAAAGAAACUUUAUCUCAAUGGUGGUGUAAGCUUACAAAUCAGAAACCAAAUCGCAAGACUUUCAGAAGUGAUAUUUAUGGACAGGAACCUUAUAAAUCCAACUACGAAUCAAGUGAUAAAAUUAGUUUCCCUGCAUAUUGUUUAUUGAGUGUACCAAUUUGUGCAUUUUUGCUUGGUACAUGGCAAGUUCAAAGGCUUAAAUGGAAAACAGAUUUAGUGGAAAGGCUAAAAGAGCGUACUAGCCAUGAACCUUUUGAAUUACCAGAAAAUUUAGAUGAUUUGGAGACAAAGGAAUAUUAUCCUAUUAGAGUGAGAGGAACAUUUUUAUAUGAUAAAGAGUUUAUGGCAGCAAAUAGAAGCCUGAUAAAAGAUGGUAAACCAUCAGAUGCCAAUUUUUCUUUUGGAAGCAGAUCAGAAAGGGGAUAUCAUAUUAUUACACCCUUUAAGUUGGCAGAUAGAGACUUAACAAUUCUGGUAAAUCGUGGCUGGAUUCCAAAAACAUUAAAAAAUUCACCACAGAGACAUCAAUUUGAGGUAGAAGGUGAACAAGAAAUUGUAGGAAUUUUAAGAAUGAGUGAAAGAAGACCACCUUUUGUUCCUAAAAAUCGUCCACAUCAUAAUAUGUGGUAUUAUAGAGAUGUGAAUGAAAUGGCUGAAAAGGCAGACACAUCUCCUAUAUAUCUCGAAAUGAGCAUUAACAACAAUUUGAAUCAGUAUCCAAUUAGUGGUCAAACAAGAGUGGAAUUACGAAAUGAGCAUUUAAAUUAUCUCCUCACAUGGUAUUGUCUGUCUGGAGCUACUGCGUACAUGUGGUACUGGAAAUUCAUAAAAGGAAUACCAAUAGCAUAUUGAAAACAAGCAUUGAGUAUGCAUUUAGGUCAUAAAGAAAAUAGUUAUCACGCGCAUGUAUAUAUAAAAAUCAUAUAUUAUUAGUCUAAUAUUUUUUUGUAAUUUAAUCCUAGUAAUUUAAUAAAUAAAAUAUAUUGUUACAAUCAUUCUAUACCAUAACAAAGUGAUUGUACUAUGCUAAUAAAAAAAUAUCAAUUCUUCAUUAAAAAAUGUCGCUUUUUAUUAUUAUAACAACAACAGUGAUAACCACUACCAACAAAAUUGUCAACAAUGGUCAUGGUAUACAAUUACAUUGAAGAAGUCAGCAUAGAAAAUACAAAUAUGAAAAUAUACCAUACAAAUAUGAAAAUACACCAUGUACUUUUCUUUCCUUUUUUCUUUUUAAUCAUUACAUGUACGUAUUUACUCUAGUGUAAUAAUCACGGCUUUCGCAAUCCGCGAGUAACCGUUUAAAUGAUAACUACGAAAAGGGGACAUAUUUAUUGAACUUUUCAAUUUGUCGUGCCUUCAGGAAAUUCCGUGAUUGACAGCCAUACGUAUAUCAUCGUAACAACAUAUAAUUGAUCAUGGCACCCUCCAGCAUUUUCAGGUACUGAAAGAGGUAUUAUAUUUGUCUUUUUAUUAAAUUUGAAAGAUGAACAUAUAUCACGUUUGAACGUAGCAUAUGAAAUACAAAGUUUUACAUAUAUUCUGAAAUAACGAGUACCUGUCCAGACCAACAAUUUUGUAAACGGUGUAUAUUAUCAUCUUACGUCAUUUUAAACAAAUAUAUAUAUCUCCUCGAACGUAUUAUAAAAUGAAAGAAAUAUACAGUAGUUUUGCACAAAUUACUGUGUUUGUUAUCCUAAAUCGGUAACGCCUCAAAUCCAUCAAGUGACACGUUGCAGAUUGAUCAUGAAACUUGUUUCGAGGAAUGUAAUAUGCAGUAGAUAAUAUAUCAAGGUAAUUCAAGAGCUAUUAAUAUAAAUAUUAAUUUCAUGCAUUUCCUUUUCUAUUUCUUUCUAA